AUGUCGGGGUUCGAGAUUGCUGGCGUGGUCCUAGGAGCUAUACCGCUGGUCAUCUCUGCACUGGAGCAUUACGAGUCGACUCUUGAUCGACUAAAGGCCUUCAAGCAUUACGGGGACCGGCUGGAGGUAACCAGAACUGAGUUGUUAAUGGAACGGACGUGGUACGAGAUGAGUCUCCGUAUAGUACUUACAGACGUUGUCAGCGUGUCAGUACUUGAGGAAAUGAUGGCCUCACCCGCUAGCCCGCACUGGCAGAGUCCCAAUCUCAAGGCGGACUUGAUAACCAAACUUGGUGCAGCAUACAGUAUUUAUAUGGUGCUCGUGCAGAAGAUCGAACAACAAACGAAGCAAUUGGAGGAGGCACUGAAACUUGACCAGCAAAAAUCAGUUUUUCAAAUCAGAAGCCGUGUAAAAUACACACUCAAGAGGAGCACUGUGAAGCUGUUGCUUGCGGGCCUUGCGGAUUGCAAUCAGCGAUUGGAGAGAUUCAUCGGCCAGGUGGAGAGAGUCAAUCAAUCCGACAGUAGCCUCUCUAUUAAAAAGUUGAAGCCGACGAUGGAGGUCUCACUCCGAGAAAUACAGGAGCAUGCUGAGCAACUGCAUCGCGUGCUAUCAAGAGCGUGGGUCAGGUGCGCGCAUCGAGCACACAGUACCAACUUGUUACUUGAGCACCGCAUGCUUCGUCAUCGCAAAGCCCGUCAAAGGAAGCUUCGUCGAGAUCAAGACGAAACGACGAGAUUCACAGUGUGUUUUGAUGAUCCACAAGUUGGCACUUGGCGAGCUGCUCAAGUCAAGGUUUUGGCAAAACCUCAACCUUCAUCCCAAGAAUUGGACAACGGCAAGGUCAGAUUUAGCUUGCCGCCACCAUCUGAUGGAUCUGUGAUAAGAGGCUUGACUCUUGAACAGUCUCUCGCAGACCUUCAAAUCGUCGAAGACCUCUGUCAAAUGCUGCAUACUGUCGCCGACGGCAAAUGGGGCUACGAACUCUGCCUUGACUUACACGGAAAGCUUCUCAAGUAUCAUCGAACAGCUGAAGAAUCAAUAAAGCCCGCUGGGACCCAGGUCAGCCUCCACGAGCUACUCUCAUCCUCGGCUGCACCGAAGCGACGAUAUUGGUCUGAAGAGGAUCGGCGCAUUCUUGCGGUUACGCUCGCUUCCUCUUAUCUUCAGCUGCAUCAAACGCCAUGGAUCGGUGAGCUGUGGAGCGAUAACGAUAUCAUAUUCACAGAAAUACAAGGCAAACAUGAUCACAUAGAUGUGCGGCACCCGUUCAUUACAAAGACGCACUACACGACAGCGCCGGAGCCUGAGUCUCAGGCUUCCACGAUCUACACUGUGGCACAACCAACGCAUGAUCCUCGGCUUAGAGAUAACAUUAAUCUAUUGGCUUUAGCUAAGUUGCUACUGACCAUUCGACUGAAUAGCUGCAUUGACGACUUGUUGCAAGAGGACGAUCUCGGGCCAGCUGCAAAACCAAACGAGGCAACGGAUAUACGGAUUCUGCAACGGUGGAUGAUAGAGGAACAAGGAAACCUUUCUUUCCAAUUGAAAGAUGCAGUAUCAUACUGUAUGAAGACAUUCGCGGUUCCAGGUGCUGAUCUAAGAAGCCCAGACGCGAGGCAGGAGGUACUGGAAAAUGUAGUUGCGCCUCUAGUAGAAGAGCUCUUUGUUUGGCAGGAAGGCCUCUGA